GGGACUCACGGGAGGCGCGCAUGCGCCCAAGAGGAGGCACGGCGCCUUCCCGAGCGAAGGGCAAGACGGUAGCCGGGAGGAUACCGGGAGGCGGACGGUGGCCGACGAGGUCGGGCAUGGAGCAUCUGGAGUGCUGCGCGAGGUUCCUCCGGGGGACGCUGGUGCGAGCGGCGGUGCGGCGCUACCUGCCCUGGGCGCUGGCGGCCUCCAUGCUGGCGGGCUCCCUCCUCAAGGAGCUCUCCCCGCUGCCCGAGAGCUACCUCAGCAACAAGCGCAACGUCCUCAACGUGUAUUUUGUCAAACUGGCCUGGGCCUGGACCUUCUGUCUCCUCCUGCCUUUCAUUGCCCUCACCAACUACCACCUGACAGGCAAGGCCGGCCUGGUCCUGCGGCGGCUGAGCACCCUGCUUGUGGGCACGGCCAUCUGGUAUGUCUGCACAGCUCUCUUCUCCAACAUCGAACACUACACGGGCAGCUGCUACCAGUCGCCGGCCCUGCAGGGGGUCAGAAAGGAGCACCAGAGUAAGAAGCAGUGCCACGGGGAAGGAGGCUUUUGGCACGGCUUUGACAUCUCAGGCCACUCCUUCCUGCUGACCUUCUGCGCCCUCAUGAUUGUGGAGGAGAUGGCUGUGCUGCAUGAGGUGAAGACGGACCGAAGCCACUGCCUCCACACCGCCAUCACCACCCUGGUGGUGGCCCUGGGCUUCCUCACCUUCAUCUGGGUGUGGAUGUUUCUGUGCACGGCCGUUUACUUCCACGACUUGUCCCAGAAACUGUUUGGCACCCUGUUCGGUUUGCUGGGCUGGUACGGGACCUAUGGGUUUUGGUAUCUGAAACCCUUUUCCCCAGGACUUCCUCCCCAGAGCUCUACUUUGAAUUUGAAGCAAGACAGUUACAAGGAAUAAAAGAGAAACAAAAGGGGUGAUACAUAGCAGGGCAAUGGCUAAUGUAUUUUUCAUGAUUUUUCUUGGCUACUUGACUAAAGUAUCAGUCCUCCUUCAGCGAGGGAGCUCACCAGGCGGUUUUGGUGAGUGGUGGUGGAGUCUGGGGAGGGACUUGAAUCCCCACACUUCUUGGCCAUGUCAUCUUGUGUCACAAAUACCACCCUUCCCAGUCAGGCACUUUUUGUCCCUGGCAAGACUUGACCUUAAUCUGGAAUGUCCCUUUUGUCCCUAGAGGGCAGAGCUAAGGCUCAGAGAGACGACAGAAUCAGGAAGGCCUCCACUGUGUGGCUGGAGGGGAGGCCAGGGCCUCAGCACCCUUCUCUGCCACUGUCAUUCUCUCCCUGAUUCUAGUCAUCUUGUACUUUAAUGGCUGACUUAACGCUGUUAUUUAAUAAUAUUGCUCUCUGGUCAGCUUUGCGUAAGCAUUUAUUUCCAGCAGGGUUCUUUAUAAAACAACCACCUGCCUGAAGAUACUCUCUGGUGGUGGUAUUUGUUUAUCCUCAGAAUGUUCUAUAUCACAACUGGCUUGUGAUUACCUACCAAAACAGUUCAACUGGAGUGCCUCUGUGGCUGAGUAUUGGAUGAUUUUUGUGUAACGAACAUUGCCAGUUUUCUGUCUGUGUUGCCCAGUUUUACUGGCUUUUGGAGCAAUAAGGUUACCUUUUUUUCCUACUAUUUUGAGCAAAUGCUUUAUUGUUUUCAAUAACAACUAUGGCGUUUGUUCUGUGUUGACAAAACUCCUGACGAUAACCCACAACCUCGAUGCUGCACUUUGGCACGUGUGUGGAUAGCUUUGAGGGUUUUCUUAGAACACUAAUUUACUUUUUAUAAACUAGACUCCUGGAUUAUGGUAUUAAACUCCUCCUCGCUUCAUGGGGCUGUUUUCUCUAUUAAGAAUAAAACCUGAAAGCAGACAUUUUAAUACUAACUUGAUGAAAUUUAAGCUGAGUCAGAGUAACUUUGCAAAAUGCAUACUUGCACUGAAACUUUCCUGACCACGCAUCAGUGGUGUAAGCUGAACGGUGUCCUUCAGACUCAGCUGAUAAGUACAUUGACCAGUCUGCUGUGGCCCAAGGAAUUUUUACAUUUUGGACAAGAUUAUGAUAAAUUGGAGGUGAAGGAAAACGUCUUCCAUUGUCUCUGAUGGCAGGAAGCCUACUGUUUACAAAAAUGUCCCUGUUAAAUGUCGGCACGACUUUGGCCCUACCCUCCACCAGACCCAAACUGGGCCUGCUCAGCUGGCCUUGAAAUCGGUCUUUCCUUUCCCCCUUUGCACACUUCUCAGUGUCCAGCCUGUCCUUCUGUGGCCUGUCACCUUCACCCACAAAGGUACGGUUACAGCUCUGUGAUAAGACACUCCCCCGCCACCCGUCAUCUCCACAGGUUGCAGGCUGCCUAUUUACUGUCUCUUUAGGCCUUUAUACCCAGCCCUUCGCAUUUUGGAUAAUCAUCCUGGAAGCUUCCUUGAUGCUCCUCUCCCUCAAAGCUAAGCCUGACAAGCACUACACUUAACUGCCUUAACUCAAGCUUACAUGUUAGGAGCUUGAGGCCUGAAAAAUCUUCAGGGUAAAUUGUAUUUCUUAUAAAGAUGUAUUUAAAAUAUAUAUUUGGUAUCCCACCAGGCUGCAUGUUAAUUUGUAUCGAUCAAAAUGUGAGGUAUGAUACGUUGUACCAAAAGGCGGCAGAAAUGUUGGCUCUGAGAUUUCGGAGGUGUCACCCGUGGUGCUUUGGGACGUUGGGAGCGUUGGCAAGAUAUGACGGGCCCCAUGAGAUUUUUUUUGCCCUUUGGAGUUUUCGUCUGUAAACGGGGAGGUAG